UAUAUAUAUAUAUAUUUGUUUUUAAUACUAUGAUUUUUUACAGUGCAUUGAUUUGUAAUGUAAAAUUAUAUAUUUCAUUUUUAAAACGACAAAGAGUAUCGACAAAUUAUAAAUAAUAAUAUAUAAAUAUCAUAUAUAACAAAUGUUUGAAGAUUAUAUUGUUGAUUAUAUUAUUAAGAAAUUAUAAAAUUAUUAUAUAUUUAUAAUUUUUUAUUUAAAAUCAAAUAUUUUUACUAUUUUGAAAAAAUCAUUCUCAUGUAUCAUGAAUUGAUCAAAACAUCGUUGCUUUAAAAGGAACCAUAAAAAGUAAACAAAAUUGAAGAUUUUCAUGUGAUUUGUAUAAAAAUUUGCAAUAGCUUUUUGUGUGUUAUUCGAAGUAUUUUGUUUAUUUUAUAAUAUGGCAAAACAUCAUCCAGAUUUAAUUUUCUGUAGAAAACAACCGGGAGUUGCAAUAGGAAGAUUAUGUGAAAAAUGCGAUGGUAAAUGUGUAAUUUGUGAUUCCUAUGUAAGACCAUGUACUCUGGUUAGAAUUUGUGAUGAAUGCAAUUACGGAUCUUAUCAAGGCCGAUGUGUUAUUUGUGGUGGACCUGGUGUUUCUGAUGCUUAUUAUUGCAAAGAAUGCACAAUUCAAGAAAAAGAUGUAAUAGAGAUGGUUGUCCAAAAAUCGUAAAUCUCGGAAGUUCAAAGACUGAUCUAUUUUAUGAGAGGAAAAAGUAUGGAUUCAAGAGAAGAUAAAGAUGAUUGAUGAAAAUUUCUAAUCUGUACAAAAUAUUUCUUAUGUUUCAAAUAAAUAAUUUUCUUGUAAUUAUGAUCAUUUUUUUAUUAAUAUUUAAAAAAAAUAUUUUCACAUUUAUAAUUGUACAAUUUUUUCGAUACAAAAUACGAAUAUAAAUUAUUACUAUUGUAAGAAAAAUUAAAAUGAAUGCAAUAAAAAAUACCAAUCGUGCA